AACCAGUCCCUGCCGAGCCACACCUGGGAUCAGGCGGCAGCUCAGGCCUCCUUGCAGUCCUGCCGUUCCUGAGUCAGAGAAGGAGGUAGCAGGGAGCUGGAGGCCAGGGCUAGAGCCCAGAGAAGAGGGCCCAGGAGGAGAUACACGGAAGGCAGGGGAGGAAGCUGGGCGGGAUCAGAGAGCCUGGCACAGAGAGGGAGACCCAAAGAGAAGCAGGUGGCAGCUGGGCCAAGAGGACGUGAAAACUGGAGCCAGUCACACAGUCUGGGAGGAAAAGGGCGAGAGGGAGAGGCUGCUAAGCCGGGCAGAGUGCCUGCUGUGGAGAUCCAGGAGGCGCUAGUGGGCAAGCGCAGGUGGCUGUGAAGCUCGGUGCUGCCUGCCUGGCCCCAACCCCAGAAGGUCAGCUGGCUCCUGGAAAGGUGGAGGAGGGUGGGGGGACAGGGGGAGAGUGGACUCAGCCCGGGAUGCGGGCACGGUCAGGAGCGCCUCCGUUCUACCUUCAUGCUGCUGCUGCUGCUGGACCGCACCAGAGCCCCGAGCUCAGCCUUGACCUAGACCCUCACCUCCCCAACUCACCUAAGGGCUCCAUGAAGGGCAACAAGUUCAAGGAGCAAGACCCUUGUCCUCCUCAGUCCAUGCAAGGGCUGGGGAAGGGAGACAAGCGGGAAGAGCAGGGCCUGGGCCCCGAACCCUCAGCGCCCCCGCAACCCCAGCCCACCGAGGAGGAGGAGGCGCUGAUCGAGUUCCACCGCUCCUACCGAGAGCUCUUCCAGUUCUUCUGCAACAACACCACCAUCCAUGGCGCCAUCCGUCUGGUGUGCUCCAAGCACAACCGCAUGAAGACGGCCUUCUGGGCAGUGCUGUGGCUCAGCACCUUCGGCGUGAUGUACUGGCAGUUUGCCUUGCUGUUCGAAGAGUACUUCAGCUACCCUGUCAGCCUCAACAUCAACCUCAAUUCAGACAAGCUGGUCUUCCCUGCCGUCACUGUCUGCACCCUUAAUCCCUACAGAUACACUGAAAUUAAAGAGGAGCUGGAAGAGCUGGACCGCAUCACGGAACAGACACUCUUUGAACUAUACAAAUACAACUCCUCCUACACCCUCAAGGCGGGGGCCCGCCGCCGCAGCACCCGCAACCUCAGGCGUGCUCUUCCGCACCCCCUGCAGCGCCUGUACGUACCGCCUCCGCCCUACCCAGCCCGCGCAGCGCGCAGCUCAUCUUCCAGUGUACGCGACAAUAACCCCCAAGUGGACAGGAAGGACUGGACGAUCGGCUUCCAACUGUGCAAUGAGAACAAAUCAGACUGCUUCUACCAGACGUACUCAUCCGGGGUGGAUGCGGUGAGGGAGUGGUACCGCUUCCACUACAUCAACAUCCUGUCCAGACUGCCUGACACCUCACCAUCCCUGGAGGAAGAAGCCUUGGGCAACUUCAUCUUCACCUGCCGCUUCAACCAGGCCCCCUGCAACCAGGCGAAUUACUCUCAGUUCCACCACCCCAUGUAUGGGAACUGCUACACGUUCAACAGCAAGAACAACUCCAAUCUCUGGAUGUCUUCCAUGCCUGGAGUCAACAAUGGUCUGUCUCUCACGCUGCGCACAGAGCAGAAUGACUUCAUCCCCCUGCUGUCCACGGUGACAGGGGCCAGGGUGAUGGUGCAUGGGCAGGACGAGCCAGCCUUCAUGGACGAUGGUGGCUUCAACUUGCGGCCUGGCGUGGAGACCUCCAUCAGCAUGAGGAAGGAAGCCCUGGACAGCCUUGGAGGCAAUUAUGGUGACUGUACUGAGAAUGGCAGUGAUGUCCCUGUCAAGAACCUUUACCCUUCCAAGUACACGCAGCAGGUGUGCAUCCACUCCUGCUUCCAGGAGAACAUGAUCAAGAAGUGUGGCUGUGCCUACAUCUUCUACCCUAAGCCCAAGGGUGUGGAGUUCUGUGACUACCGAAAGCAGAGUUCCUGGGGCUACUGCUACUAUAAGCUGCAGGGUGCCUUCUCCUUGGACAGCCUGGGCUGUUUCUCCAAGUGUCGGAAGCCGUGCAGUGUGACCAACUACAAGCUCUCCGCUGGCUACUCACGAUGGCCCUCUGUGAAGUCCCAGGAUUGGAUCUUUGAGAUGCUGUCCUUGCAGAAUAAUUACACAAUCAACAACAAAAGAAAUGGAGUUGCGAAACUCAACAUCUUCUUCAAGGAGCUGAACUAUAAAACUAAUUCGGAGUCUCCCUCUGUCACGAUGGUCGAGCUCCUGUCCAACCUGGGCAGCCAGUGGAGCCUGUGGUUCGGUUCGUCUGUGCUGUCUGUGGUGGAAAUGGCAGAGCUCAUCUUCGACCUCCUGGUCAUCACGGUCCUCAUGCUGUUGCACAGGUUCCGAAGCCGCCAAGCCAGACUUGGAACUUUGACAAGGAGCUUUCCUGGGAAACGACCAACGAACAAAUAUAAACAAGGCGCAGAGAAGCGGCCACAGGUUUCCUACCCCAUGACCAGAGAUUGGCCUGGCCACACUGCCUUCAGAGACACAGAUGUCUGCCCCUCUUCUUGAACUUGGGUGGGGAACCCCACCCAAAAGCCCCCUUUAUUAGUUUUCUGGCAAUUCCCCUUUCCUGACUCCCCAGGGUGGGGCUAGAUAGGAUGGGUACAGUAAAGGUUUGGCCAUUCUCCUUCAUUUCCAAGACUCCUCUCUUUGAUACACUGCACCCCAGUGCCUCUUCGCUGUCUCCUUCAUGCUUGUCCUCAGCCUAGAAGCUUCCUCUACCAUCUCCUAGAGAGCGGCUAUGCACGCUUGGAGCUCUGCUCAAGGGGACCAUUACUUUUGUGAGCUCUCUUACCAUAUCCGUCUCUCCAGAGCUAUCCCCUCCCCUCCUUCCAUGGGGCCCUCUAUUAUAUGUUCAAUUCCUCUGCAGCUGCCUCCCUGAGCACACUGUGAACUCCUUGUGGUCAGGGCCGAGGCUUUCUGAUUUUUGUGUCCUUCAUGUCUAGCCCAGUAUCCCACUUGGAGCAGGUAGGCAGGUUGCCAAUAAAUGCUUGUUAUGUAAA